AUGAACCGGGUCAAUGGAGUCAAGGCCAGUCUCUUCCUGCCGUGUCAGCCACUUAGGGGAGUGCUGCAGGUGGAGGGGCGGACAGCAGACACGGCCACUGUUGGGUUUGCCUAUCAGCACCCCUUGGGAACGCGUGUGACGCCCUCACUCUCCCUCGCCGAUCGGGGAGUGUCAGUGGAGGUGCUUCAGCCAAUCACAGUGCGACAGCUGGGACCCGCUGUCAAGCCCGAGGCUCAAAUGCGAUUCAAGAGCACAAUAUCAGGCACAAGGCAAGGGUGGGAGAUGGAGACAACACGGUUCCUGGGAACCAAUGAGAUAGUAGGGGGAGCAGCAGAGGCAUCUCAGGGCGUGUUGGCAGUCAGUGUUGGGUACAAGGCUGGUGUGGCACCUGUUGCCUUCUUCACCCUUUUCGGCGGUGGUCGCAGGAGGCGGAAAACAGCAGUGACGGGCAAGGGAGCUGGUUACCAGCUGAGUGUCAACAGCGUGACAAUAACAGCAGUGAUGGGCAAGGGAGCUGGUUACCAGCUGAGGCUGGAAUUUCCGCCGUCCAAUCUCAGACGAGCAGUGAUCUCAUGGGAUGCCACCCAUGGGAUUGACUUCUAG